AACCCAGUUGGCCUGACCUCAGUCACACGUCGCCACUCCGGGCAGCAGAGGGCGCUGUCUCACUCACAACAAACCCAGAAGAAACGGAGCUUUCUUCCUCCUGAACAGAACCCAGUAGGACCCGCUUAGUAAAGAUGUGUGCGGACCUGAGCCGAACCCCCCGGAACCUGCUGGUGUGUGAGCGGUCCAGUUUCCUGGACGAGAAGAACCGCCUCAGUUUUCAGGUGGAACAGCUGCGCUUCAACUACAAGGUGUCGCUGCUGCUGCCUGAGUGUGGCUCCGCCCCCUCCCACCUGGAGUCCACACUGAACAGCUUCAGCAGGUUCUACCUGGUCAAGAAGUUGCCCAUAUAUGAGCUACUGGACAAGGACUUCCUGCAGAACGCCGUGUACCAGGGCAGCGUGUACGGCCUGUCCUUUGGAACUCGGAUCGACGAGGAUAAUUGUGUCGCUCUGAUGCCAAACGGACGUCUGGUUCUCUCUCUGGACAAAGACAGCUACGAGAUGUUGGGCUUUGAAGGGAGACCGUCCAGGUUCAACCACAGAACCUGCAGCAGAUUUGUGGUACCUGUGGACCUGAAGGAGCGCAGCAUGGCUCCUGGGAGCCCGGGCUACCGCCGGCUCCUCAGAGCCCUGAGCUCACACCUCAAACUGCAGACAGACUUCCUGAUCUCGCACCAUCCAGGGGGCGGGGCCGCUCUGAAGGCCCUCCUCUCGCGCUACGAUUGGUCGGAGCGCCGCCCUGAGGUGUGCAGCCGCCGCCUGAGCGACCUGGUCUGCCCCGACCUGCGGUCAUGUGACCCUCACAGCCUGCUGGAGUGGCUGGGAGCCGCGGACGCCGACGUCAGCUGCCAGAACUCGUCCAGCAGCUUCCUGUCUACGCUCACCUGUCCAGAACCGACGACGACCCUGGCGGCGGCGCUGAGCGCGUCCGUGAGCGGCCUGCUGCUGCCGCAGGACGUGCAGCGGCUGGUGGAGCAGCUCAGGUGUCACCUGCAGCAGGAGCAGACGGCGUCCUGGGCCUCUGUGACGGUCCACGGCUUCGCUGACGGUCCCGUGUCCUGGGGGGACGAGGAGCACGGCGUCCUGACCGGAGGAGAGAACUUCUACAACCUGCUGAUGUUCCACGACCACACCUACCGGCUGCACCUGGCCACGGGGCCGCAGGACGGCUGCCCGCCAUGACGGCCGCCCGCCAUGACGGCCAGGACCAGAACCUGCAGCCGCGGAACCACAUGUGGGUUCUCUGGUUCUCUGAGGGGACCGUCACACCGUGUUCCUGCUUGAAUAAAGUUGUUCUUGUUCCGCGGACCUAAAGGUUCUGGAGUUCUGGACCGACCAGAAUUCACCAGCUGGUUCUGUGGGCUCGGGUCACUGAACAGAACCGGUUCUCCUGUUCCUGGUCUGAAUGGACAUAAAUACGAUUAAAGAAAGCUUUGUGACGACGUCUGGUUUCAGUUCCUUCACCCUGCACAUCCGGGUCAGAACCACGCUCCUGGUACCGGUCUGGGUUGGACCAGAACACCAAGAUGAAAGUAGCGUCUGCAAGGCAGAACAGUGCAGCUAGAUUAAGAGUUCCACACUUAAGUUUCCCUCCUUUUUAUGCACAUUUACAUAAAGGCAAACAUUCAUAAUCAGAUUUUACUAAAUAACUAAAACAGGAAGGAGGUUCUGGUUCUGGUUCUGGUUCUUGAUGUAAGGCAAACGUUUCUUCCAUCUCUGAUGGAAUGUCUAGUCUGUGUUCAGAACGUCUUCACUGCAGGCUGUGGGUUCCUUCUGUUCCCUCUGAAGGAACCCUCUACACUCUUCAUUUAUGCAUUGUCCCACUUUUAUUUAUUAAAUGUUUAUGACAGGAUGAACCAGCAGCUGCAUCAGCGUAAAGCAGAACCUCUGCGUGCUUCAAGCAGCGGAGGGGAAAUCAUGGAGCGUAGCGGCUUCACCAUGUUCACACCAGCUGCAGACAGCCUUUCCUCAUGAGUUCUUUAAUUUCUACCAGAUGAUCCUCGGUGGGGCCGUGACCUUUGACCUUUAGUGUCUAACCUGCAUUAGCUGCAGUGAUAGCUGACUGCUACUAUCCUCCUUCUCCUCAGCUCCAAACAUUUCCACCCACUGAAUGUCUGGUUCUAAACCAUCAGCUUCUUCAUCCUGCCUCCUUCUGUGGGAUCAGAGAUGUUCUCUGGACCGCAGCAGAACCGGCUCAGCGUAAUUCUGUUUAUGCAUCAUUUUAUUCCUCACACAGCUCUGACCCAGCAGUGGGUUAGGCUGGAACCCUGGUUCCCUGCUGGGCCUUUUCCAGAACCCUGGUUCCCUGCUGGCCCUGUUCCAGAACCUUGGUUCCCUGCUGGGCCUGUUCCAGAACCCUGGUUCCCUGCUGGCCCUGUUCCAGAACCCUGGUUCCCUGCUGGCCGUGUUCCAGAACCCUGGUUCCCUGCUGGGCCUGUUCCAGAACCCUGGUUCCCUCGUUCUCAGCGCUCAGCAGCGGCUCGCCUUGGUGCCUGUUAGGAUCUUAUUGACCACUUUCCUUAAUGAAGGCGGGUUCUACGGUUCUCAGGCGGGUUCUAUGGUUCUCAGUCAGGCGGGUUCUACGGUUCUCAGGCGGGCGGGUUCUACGGUUCUCAGUCGGGCGGGUUCUAUGGUUCUCAGUCAGGCGGGUUCUACGGUUCUGUCAGGCGGGUUCUACGGUUCUCAGUCAAAGACGUCAGCGUGUUUACAUUCAGUGUUCUCUACUAGAACCACAGCAGCAGUAGGAACGUCUGGAUGGUUCUGUGCUGCAGAACUGGCUUUAUAUGGAAAUAAUUCUAGAGCUUGAUGGCGACCUGGUUCUGGUCCGUCUGAGUUUAGAGUCAAUAAAGAAACAAACCAAACCGCUCGGCCUCAUGGGUUCCUGUCACUGCCCCCCCCCCCCCCCCCC